AUGAUCUGUAUAAUUACAAAAAUUACUGGAUCCAGUUGUCUCCAUGACACACAAUUUGUCAAGAAACAAAAACCUGUCCAACAAGAAACCAACAAUUCAGCCAAGAAACAAAAACCUGUCCAACAAGAAACCAACAAUUCAGCAACGAACAACACAUGCAGUACUGUUGGGACAAGUUGUGAUUGUUCAACCAAUGUUGGUGAUCCAUGGAUGAUCAAGAAGGUGCUGACAAAUAGUGAUCUUGAUGAUAAUUGUAGACUUUUGUUAAAUAAAGAUUUGGCUAAGAAGUGGAUAGUUCCUGUGGUGGAUAAAGUUAGAGCUGAGAAAGAAGGAGUUGAAGUUGAAGUGUUUGAUGUUGACAUUGGAUUUCCUCUUUCUCUUACUUUCAAGAUACGACCUUCCAACGAUAGUCAUGUCUUCAACCAUACAUGGAUCACAGAUUUUGUAGACAGGAGAAGCUUAAAGAAAGGAGAUGAAAUUGGACUCAAAUGGAAUGAAGAGAAGAAAAGAUUUGAUUUUUCUGUUCUUCAUCGAUCUUUGAUGAUAAUUACUAUUUUAAGUUUUAGAGAAAAUUUGAUUAUUUGUAAACUGGAGGAUUUGUCUUUUGAUGUUAUUAAUUACAAUGACAGUGUUUAG